AUGUUCACUGACACAUACGGUUCGCCUUGCUGAGCGUCAGAAUGGAAAUUCGUGCGGUCCAAGAGAAGAAUCGUCGGAAAACCUCAAUAAAAGAUACAUUCUUAGCUUUUUUUUUUUGAAUUGCGAGCAACAAAAAAGCGGGAGGUUUCGAACCACAGCCGUACGAUAAAAUUCAGAUUUGUUCUUCUACUGUUUAAAAGAAAAUAUACAAAUUCACCCGUGAAAGUUUCACGACAAAACGUAAACUACGGCUUAUGAGAUCUACUACAUUUUCAACCAAUUUUAUAUUACAUCACCUAUAGUUUCAGUAUCAUUUCCUUUUUUGAACGGGCCGUCAGGAUCGAAGAUUCCGGCGGCGGCUGAUCGAGGAGAGGCCCUCCAAAACGCAAACAGCCUCCAAACAACGGCCUGUCCGUCGGGUUUUCCGCCUUGGGUCUGUCCUGCACAGUGCCUUUGCCACCUGAACAUCUCCUGUUACGUCGACUUCCUCAUAUUCCUCGUUUUCCCUUUUGUCGUCUCUCCGAGUUUUCUUCCAGCACCUUUUCUAACUUCCCGGUACUUUCUGACGAUAAAACUGCAUAUGACAUCGUCUGUACAAAACUUCAAAACGUUGCAAUGGGUUCCAUCAGGUUCCUGUUCUUUUUUUCACCAUAAAUAUCAUAGAAACAAUUCCAUUUGGAGCUAAGUUCACACAGCGUAUGGGUAAUGAGGUGUAAGAUGAAGAUAACCUUUAUGAGAACGUUCCAGCCAAAAAGCGAGUGACAUCUCCUGUCAGCUGAUCGUUAGAUCUUCGAAAUUCAUUCGCAUUUCAAUUGAUUUUUUUUUUCUGUUUGUCUUUUGUCUGAUCGCAAAAUUCUUGUACUCAAAGCAGAAAAAAAAAGUUAUCUGAAAGAAAUCCUGCUUUAUCUGAAACAAAAAACCUCAGAGAAGAUAAAUUUUAAAAGAAUGGAUGGAGACACGUUUGGACGAAUGCGUCCUGAGGGAUGACGUUAUCUUUGAAGAAGACGUUCAGGCGAAUGGGUCCUGGUGAUUUCCUCGCUGUUCUCCGCCGUCAUCUUCACUCUGGUGGCCUACCACGUCAUCCGCCGACGACGUCAGCGCUUCCUCAGUUUCCAGGAAGCCUUGGAUGAGGCUUCGUCGCCCGCUUCAACCAAACGCUCGACGCCACCGAGCACUCCGCAAGUGGCGCAUCUGGACGUCGUUGUCCACUGA